AUGCCUCACCAUCUGCAUGCCGAUGUGGAUCGAGUGAUGAGGCACUCUGUGGUUCGACGGGAGGUCAUCCCGUCUGACCGGCUCCCUUUUCUCGUGCCCUCCAUCGCCACCGCUCCGGGUGCUGGCUUCCCCUCAUUGAUUGCAAGAGCACCGGCCUCAUCAGAAACUACCGGAACAUCAGAUUGUGGCUCGAGUGGAUGCACAAAGCCCACAAGCAAUCUGACAACAACGGUGUUGCCCGUCGUACUGGGCGCAGGUGUUCCCAUCCUCUGUGCCAUUGUGGUCCUGAUCUUCCUUCACCGGAGACAUGUGAAGAAGCUGAUGCGGGAGGAUGCAAACGACAAACACAAAUCUUUGGAUUUCGGUAUGGAUAUGGUAGGACCUCCCUCGGGAAAAGGAAGGAAGCUCCCCAAUGGGCUGCAGCCGCAGAUGAUGGAGCCCAGCCAUGCCAAGGGUCUCUCUCUCGACGUCAGCCCGUAUUUGAUGCCCCCUGGUCUCCAUGGCUCCCGAGAAUCUCUGCACUCACUGUCUCGUUCCAUCGAUGAUGACAAGUACCGCCCAGCAGUCUUUGGAAGCCAAGAUAAUGGCUCGCUUCGAUCGUUCCCGAGAAACCGUGGUGAUGAUGGAUCAAGCCUGAGAGGUUCAACCCGCCAUGGAUAUGGCGGUGCAGAGGAGCCCAAUUCGGGACUUUUGCGCAAUGCCCAGCGGAUGUCCCGCUCAUCCCCUCCCCGUUACAAUAACCCUCCUGGCGAGGGGAUGCCGCAGCGUCCUCUGCCGGCUCAUCAGCAAGACCAUCUUGGCCCCGCGCCAGGGUUGACUGCCGCCCCGUCAGAGCACAAUGAACAUGCGAUGGCGAUUGGCAGCGCCACCACCGAUCACAGCGAGAGCCUUGCUCGGGCGGCCUCACCCCCUGGGCCUCAGUUCCAUCCAAACAAUGCAAUGUCGGAGCUGCACUUUGAAAUCGAACCCCCCAUGAGCCAUGCGAACACCUCUUCUCAGGAGGAGCGCCUCAACUUCCCCCUUCCCCACCAUUCGCCAUCUUACCAGGAGUUUGAACAACAUCCCCAGACUUCGACCCCCAUGCAGCUGCCUCGAAUCUCUUUACCCUCCAGCGAUAUCACCAGUAGCGACUAUGGUGAUGACCGCAAGUCGGACCUCAUGAUCCCUGCGGUGAAUGUUCACGGCGCGGAAGAGCACCAACCCCAUCAUGACAAUAAGCUGCCGGAGCUUCCGGAGGAGCCUUCGCAAAACCACCUGGAUCUGGCCUUUGAUAGCAACAACCGUCGUGACACCCGUCGGCUGACUCUCGGUGUGCGUCCCUUGCCCCCAGAGGACCCGGCCGACAACCCCGAGCAGCGCGCCAACCGGAUUCGUUCCUUUUAUAAGGAGUACUUCGACGACAGUAAGCGGGAGACGACCUACUACGAAGACAAUGGCUCCGAAUUCUACGACGGCGGCUACGUGUAUGACCCGACCACCGGCGAUUACUACGAUGCGGCCGCUCCUCCUGCUCCUCCCUUCGCCGAGCCCAUUGGUCGUCGCGCCAUGACUCCCCCUCCUCGGGCGCCUCCUCGAUUCCAAGGUGCUGCCCGCCAUAUGGCCACCAACUCUGCCGGGUUCAAUGGUGUUGGUGGUCCCGGCCCGCGUGCCUUCUCCUCGGCCUCGGGGCGACUGCCCGGUCCUCGCGGCCCCCGGAAGCCCAUGCCUCCACCGGCACCUCUUCAAAUGCUCCCGACUCCUGCCAUGUUGAAAGAUGACUCCUUCCUGAUGGCGGCGGACUUUGCUCCUGGCACGAACGUCCGGGAUCGGCGGGAAGGCCGCCCCGAGACCCCCACCGGUGGCUCGCGGCCGUACAGCCCGGCCAUCCGCGCCCAUACUCCGCUUGCUUCGGCGUUCGACGAGCUGGCUGUGAUCCCCAGCGCUCACGCCCUGCGGAAAUCCGGCACCGACGCAGGCAGCAUCCGUAGCAACCGCACGGGCAUCUCCAACACCCACAUGAACAACAUUCGCAUGGGAAACUACCGCGUCAGCCGGUUGCCGACGGACAUGGUGGGGACCAAGGACGACCUGUUGACCAGCCUGCGCCCCGACUGGGACAUGGGCAAGAGAUAA